AUGAAAAUUGUUGAUGAUGGCCAGUUAGGUUACAUGCAAGUAAAGACAUUUGUUUUUCGGAUGGGAUCACCUGAUCAUUUUUCUGAUCAUUAUGACUAUUCGAUGAUAAUGACAAACAGGCACUUGACAACACAAUAUUAUAAAAUAAUAGAAGUCUUGGAAAUCAUUGAUUUCUCACACAAUAGAUUUGAAGGAUUGAUUCCAGAAUCUAUUGGAACUCUUAAGGGGUUUCGUGCAUUGAACUUGUCCAACAAUAUAUUCACUGGUCAUAUACCAUCAUCCUUGGGACACUUGACACUACUUCAAUCACUGGACCUUUCUCACAACAAGCUCUCAAGAGAGAUGCCUCAACAACUAGUACAACUCACUUUCCUAGCAUCUUUUGACAUAUCUUACAACAAUUUCACAGGAUCCAUACCACGAGGAAACCAAUUUGAUACAUUUCUAAAUAGUUCAUUUGAAGAGAAUUUAGGAUUGUGUGGGAACCCGUUGUCAAGAAAAUGUGAAGGAUCACCGCCUUUAACCUUCAAAGAGAAUCCAGAGUACUCUAGAUCUUCAAAUGAAAUUGAUUGGACAUUUGUUGUAAUUGGUAAUGGAAGCGGUUUUAUAAUUGGACUGGUUAUUGGCCACAAAAUGAGCGCUAGGAAACUUGACUGGCUUGUGAACUUUUUUGGAAUAAGGAAGCAGAAAUGGCAAAGACAGAAGAUAUGGGGACAUUGGAAAUAA